AUGGCGAUGCGGAAAGCGAAGGUUUUUGCCGGAAUCAUCGUUUUGAUUCUCCUUCCGAUUGUUGUUCACGGCAUCAGCAAUGAAGCCAACUUGAGACCCAUCAUUGGAAUCCUCUCCCAGCCUGGCGAUCCGGCUCCGGAGGGUGAGUCGUACAUUGCGGCGUCGUACGUCAAGUGGCUGGAGUCUGCGGGUGCUCGUGUGGUGCCCAUCUUUUACGACAUGGACGCCCAGGACAUUGAGCGUCGGUUUGCCGUGAUUAACGGUUUGCUGCUACCCGGGGGAGGAGCCACCCUGGAGCCCGGUCACCGCUUUUACGACACGGCCAGGUACCUUGUCGAGCUGGCCUUGAAGGCCAAUGACAACGGAGACUACUUUCCGGUCCACGGCACGUGUCUGGGUAUGGAGACCCUGUCUGUCAUCAUCUCCUCCAACUACACCCUCCUGGGGGAGUUCGACGCGGAGGACGCCCCCGCUCCGCUGCUGUACACCAACGAGGCGGCUGCCUCGCACCUGCUGCGGUCGCUGCCGCCGGACGUGGUGACAGACUUACAGAACAAACCCAUUGCCAUGGAAAACCACAUGAACGGUGGGGGUUUGUCUAUGACGGCCUUUUUGGAGAACCCGGCUUUGGGCCGCUUCUUCCGCGUGGUGUCGUUGAGUCUGGACAAGAGCGGCGCUGCGUACAUCAGCACGUUGGAGGGUCGCAACUACCCCUUCACUGCCACACAGUGGCACCCGGAGAAGAACGCCUACGAGUGGACGCCGCACCUGCACAUACCCCACACCACUGACGCGAUUCGCAUGAGCCAGGAGGUGGCCAAUUUCUUUGUGGCGGAGGCCCGUCGCAACCUGCACAUGGCCAAGAACAUCAUCGAGGAGGACGAGCUGCUCAUCUACAAUUUCAAGCCGGUGUUCACGGGCAAGCACGAGCACGAGGGCGAGGAACGGGAUUUCGAGCAAUCGUACUUUUUUAAGAAGAUCUCCCGCGGCUUGUGAAGACAUGUCCUGCUUCCUAUCUUCCUAUCUUUUUUUAAUCUCUCUUACCCGCCCACCCACCCGCCCACAAAUAUUCACUUAACUGCCUAACUGCCUACCGGCGUAGUUAGUUAGUUAGUUAGUUAGUUGGGGUAGUAGAGUUACAAACUGCAUGCCUGUGACCGUGGGCACUAGGCCUCCGCGGCUACAGGUAAAAGGUGUUAAGUUAGGUGGGUAAGGGGGUAACAGGAAGUGGUUGUGCUGUGACGAGUGGUUGUGCUUGUCAGUUGGAGUGGUUGGAUGUGGGUUGGAUGUGGAGAAGGCAGUUGAAGGGGUGGUGUUGAUGGCAAGGUUGGCGGAGUUGGGGGGUUGGAAAGACGACCCGUGUGUGUGUGUGUGUGUAUCAAAGUGAAGGGGUGGAGUGCAGAGGCGUAAUCCCCUCCCUCACUGAGUAGCGGAGUGCGCUGUCCUCUUUGGGUCUUUGGGUGAUACGGUGUGUGUGUGUGUGCGCGUGUUUGUCUGUCUGUGUGUAUGUGUGUUUGUACGUGAACAUCGUGGGAAGAGCGUGUACUCGCGGAUGGCUGCGUCGGCUGCUUUUUUGCGUUGAUUGAUUUCUAAAAUGUUUUUCCUUGCGUUGCCAAUCAAGGGUGGUGCCGUCUGUGUGCAUCUAUGCGGAGUGGGGGAGGGGAAGAGGGGGAGAGGUGCUUGUGCAUAUAUGUGGUGGUGUGUGUGAACAGCCCCUCGCUUCCCCUUUUUUCUUCUUCUUCUCCUUCUUUUCCUUCUUCUUAAUUUUCUUCUUUUUCCGGCGCCGUGUGCAACCGCAGCUGGAGUGAGCGUGCAGUGCGCGCACCGUAACAAUCAUGUUUGUGAUGUACGGCGGCGAUACGACAAGAAGGGAGUGUGAUUUUUUCCUACCGCAUCUGUGCUUUUCCGGGCUCUAGGAAGGAGGACGCACCUGCUGCGGUUUCCCUAGACUUUUUCCUUGUUUUUACCCCCCUGUUUCAGACCGAGUGCCGUACAGGCAGUGAAGAGUGGUUUUUUUUUCGUAGCGGCCUCUGCGCUA